UGACAAAACUAUCCGCAGUCCGACAACAGUAACACACACACGCGCGCACACACAGCCGACAUGAUGUGUUAGCUGCAGAAGCUAACCAAGCUAACGUCAAUAACCAACGUUACUUCCGUUAUGUUUUGGACGUAACAGCUGAUAAAAAAAGUUUCUCGGAAAGCGGUAUAUUGAAGCAACGUGAUGUCGUAUGUUAAUUUGUUGACAAACCAUUCAAAAUGUGCCGUUUAAGUAUCAUUCUGAGUUGAAAGCCUGGCUUCUAUGUCGAAUACAUUGUAUUAUUUUCUAAUCGGUCGCAGUGUUUCGUCGGCAUCGUAAAAUUGCCCGAUUUUCAGUGGAGUUCAGCAUUUAACUGACUGAAGCUCCACACAAUCGUAACCCCGUGCAUGCGGUUUCUCUCCUGCAGUGGGGCGAAGCGAUGGAGCAGCAGGAGCAGGUAGAAUGGGAUGAUGUCAACAAACUUCUGCAGCAUCAUGGUUUUAAGCCUGUGCAUUUUGCAGAUCCUGGAGGGAAUACGAAUAUUUCAGAUCUGAUUGUGCUGGACAAGAAGUCAGCUGGGGAGAUCCGGAUGAGUCUGAGGACUAUGCUCACCGACUCGGAGAGGAGACAGGCUCUAAUCCAGGAGCUCAUCAAGUCCAACAACCAACUCAAAGAGGAGGUUCACCAGCACACAGGCCGAGCGUCUCAGCAGUCCCAGAGGGUCUCAGAGCUGGAGGGGCUGCUGGACGUGGUGAGGACCCGAGUCCAGGACCUGGAAGGUCGCUACCUCAGCGAGGCCGCCCAACAGCACGGCCACACACACCUACUGCAGCAGGAAAGGAAGGAAGCACAGAAACAGUGUGAGGUCCUGGAGCAGAAGCUGUCCACACAGAGGGAGGAAGCAGCUCAGCUCCAGAGAAAACUCUACUUCACCAUCAGAGAACAAGAGCAGCGAUUGGCUCGACAGAGCCGCACCUUCCAGAACAUCUGUAAAAGAGUCAGCCAGCAGCAAUCCCCAGCAGACCAGCAGGUGCUGGAUGUGAUCGACUUCUACGAGACCAAAAUGACUCCGCUGCUGGAUGAGCUCAGAGCUGUCAAAGGUCAACCAGAAGGAUCUCCGAUGGCUCAACCGACAGGAAUGAAGGAGGCAACUCCAUCUUUCAAAACCGUCCUUCAGGCGUACCAGGAACAACAAAAAAGAAGCCACGCCCAGGCCGAAGAGCUGCAGAGGGAGGUGGAGCGCCUGAAGCAAGACUUGGAGAAAAGGCCGUCACUCAGAGACGUGAAGUUCUACAAGCACAAGCUCCGUCGUCUGGAGGGCUCAAAAAAGCACAAAAGCACCAGAUCACCAAACGAAGAUAACACCAGUGAGACGAGUGAGCAAACCAAGGAGGCUGGUCUCUGUGCCCGCUAUCACCAUCUGUUGAAGGAGAUCCGAGCUGCUGUGACCGAUUCCAACGGUCCAUUCCAACCGUCCUCCGUUGCUUCAGACCUGGCUGAGUUUCACACUGUGGUCCCCACACUGGAGGCCUGGGCUCAGCAGCUCCGCCUCCUGAAGGAUCUGCAAAGGGCUUUAAACCGGUUGACUGGCAGACUGAUGCCCUGGAAGCCGCGUGAUGGCGGCCAUACUGUUGCAGUGAAGGUGGAGGACAUGCUGAUGCUGGUGGACAGCAUGCUGGAGAACACCUCAGCUGAGGAGGACAAGGUGCUCAGGAGUCCCACUCGGUACACGUUGGGCUCCAUGGUGUCUCACUUCCAGAAGCUGUUUGACGUGAGCUCCCUCAGCGGAGUGUACCCACGUAUGAACGAGGUGUACAGCAGGCUGGAAGAGAUGAGGAACAUAAUGAGGAACCUGCGAGAUGUUCUGCAGCUCGACAGCAGGGCUCCUCCUGCUGAGGUGGUGCAUGGGGUGGAAAGACUGGUCUCCUCCACCCAGAACACCGCUGGAUUCCAAAGCUUGCUGGGAGAAGCUGAUAUCGACAGUAUCAUCCUCAAAGUGAAGCAGCAUGAUGACUUCUUUCCUGCUUUCCAUGCCCUCAUUGUUGAUAUGUUACAGACUCUAGGAGUGAGUCACCUGGGUGACGUCCUUCCAGCUGUGGAGUCUCUGAAACCAACAGCACAGUGACAAGCUGCUCUGACUGCACUCAGUGCGGCGUUUUGUGUCGUUUUAGAUUUCUGAAUAGGAAAAGAUAGAUGAGUCACGUUGAAUAUAUGAAAAUGUCCCUUCAGAGCUCUUCUAAGCAGCUCAACCAACCAAGUACCAGCUAAUAGUCACAACCCACCUGGAGCGGAAUGUUUACUUCCCAUCGAAAUUAAAUUUGUGGAGAAUAAAGAGCAGUGCUGGUCAAAGUUCA